UUCCCGGGCCGCGGAUACCUCCGCCUGCGGUGUCGGUGCUGAGGCCGCGACGCCGCCAUUUUGGAUGCCUGUCUCCCGCCGCCUUCGCCGCCGCCGCCUUCGCCGCAGGGACCCGGCCCGAACAUGCCAGCCCCCAUCAGACUCCGGGAGCUGAUUCGGACCAUCCGGACAGCACGGACACAGGCAGAAGAACGGGAGAUGAUCCAGAAAGAAUGUGCUGCCAUCCGGUCAUCUUUCCGAGAAGAGGACAACACGUACCGCUGUCGGAAUGUAGCAAAGUUGUUGUACAUGCAUAUGCUGGGCUACCCUGCACACUUUGGACAGUUGGAGUGCCUCAAACUGAUCGCCUCUCAGAAAUUUACGGACAAACGGAUUGGGUACCUGGGAGCCAUGCUGCUGCUGGACGAGAGGCAGGAUGUCCACCUUCUCAUGACCAACUGCAUCAAGAACGACCUUAACCACAGCACGCAGUAUGUUCAGGGCCUCGCACUCUGUACCCUGGGCUGCAUGGGCUCUUCUGAGAUGUGCCGUGAUCUAGCUGGGGAGGUGGAGAAGCUCCUGAAAACUUCCAACUCUUACUUGAGGAAAAAGGCAGCCCUGUGUGCUGUCCACGUCAUCAGGAAGGUGCCUGAGCUCAUGGAGAUGUUCCUCCCAGCCACAAAAAACUUGCUGAAUGAGAAGAAUCAUGGUGUGCUCCACACCUCUGUUGUCCUCCUCACUGAAAUGUGUGAGAGAAGUCCAGACAUGCUUGCCCACUUUAGAAAGGUAAGCCAGCUAGUCCCUCAACUAGUUCGUAUCCUAAAGAACCUCAUCAUGUCUGGCUACUCCCCUGAGCAUGACGUCUCUGGGAUCAGUGAUCCCUUCCUGCAGGUGCGAAUCCUCCGGUUGCUGAGAAUUCUUGGGCGAAAUGAUGAUGACUCCAGUGAAGCCAUGAAUGACAUUCUUGCCCAGGUGGCCACCAAUACUGAAACCAGCAAAAACGUGGGCAACGCCAUUCUGUACGAGACCGUCUUAACCAUUAUGGACAUCAAGUCAGAGAGUGGCCUGCGAGUCUUGGCCAUAAACAUCCUUGGCCGGUUCUUGCUCAAUAACGACAAAAAUAUUAGAUAUGUAGCUUUGACUUCCUUGUUGAAGACUGUGCAGACGGACCACAACGCGGUCCAGCGGCACAGAAGCACCAUUGUGGACUGCCUGAAGGAUCUGGAUGUCUCCAUUAAGCGGCGAGCAAUGGAGCUAAGCUUUGCUCUCGUUAAUGGGAACAACAUCCGAGGAAUGAUGAAGGAGCUACUCUAUUUCCUGGAUUCCUGUGAGCCGGAGUUCAAGGCAGACUGUGCAUCAGGAAUAUUCCUUGCGGCAGAGAAAUAUGCUCCUUCCAAGCGCUGGCACAUAGACACCAUCAUGAGAGUCUUGACAACAGCAGGGAGUUAUGUUCGUGAUGAUGCCGUUCCCAACCUUAUCCAGCUGAUCACCAAUAGCGUGGAGAUGCACGCCUACACUGUACAGCGACUCUACAAAGCCAUCCUGGGUGACUACUCCCAACAACCUCUGGUGCAGGUGGCUGCCUGGUGCAUAGGAGAGUAUGGAGACCUCUUGGUGUCUGGUCAGUGUGAGGAGGAGGAGCCAAUCCAGGUCACGGAGGACGAAGUCCUUGAUAUGUUGGAAAGCGUCCUCAUCUCCAACAUGACUGCCUCUGUCACACGAGGCUAUGCCCUCACUGCCGCCAUGAAGCUGUCCACACGGUUUGCUUGCACAGUCAACCGCAUUAAGAAGGUGGUGUCUGUCUAUGGCAGCAGCAUUGAUGUGGAGCUCCAGCAGAGGGCAGUCGAGUACAACGCUUUGUUCAAGAAGUACGAUCACAUGAGGUCAGCACUACUGGAAAGAAUGCCAGUGAUGGAAAAACUUACCAUCAAUGGCCCCACAGAUGUCACUCACCCCAAUGGGGAGGUGGAGCCAGCAGUCUUGGAGACCAAGCCUCCCCCCUCAGGCCUGCAGCCCACCAGCCAGGCAAACGAUCUGCUGGACCUUUUGGGAAGCAACGACAUCCCUCCUGUGAUCCCGACAGCCCCUCCACACAAGCCGGUGUCUGCUGGCGGGGAGCUGCUUGACCUCCUGGGGGAUCUCAACCCGCCAGGCACUCCGGCCCCUGCCCCACAGAUGCCGCACCCCUCCUUUCUGCUGGAUGGCCUUUCCUCGCAGCCCAUCUUCAACGACAUCACUGCUGGCAUCCCCACAAUCACAGCCUACAGCAAGAAUGGGCUGAAGAUCGACUUUGCCUUUGAGCGCUCCAACACCAACCCCAUCGUCACCGUGAUCACAAUCCAGGCCGCCAACAGCACGGAGCUGGACAUGACCGACUUUGUUUUCCAGGCUGCGGUACCAAAGACAUUCCAGCUGCAGCUCCUGUCUCCCAGCAGCAGCAUCAUCCCUGCGUUUAAUACGGGGACCCUCACUCAGGUCAUCAAAGUCCUGAACCCACAGAAGCAACAGCUCCGCAUGCGGAUCAAGCUGACGUAUAAUCACAAGGGAGCCGCGAUGCAGGACCUGGCUGAAGUCAACAAUUUCCCCCCUCAGUCCUGGCAGUGAGCUCUGGCCCCUCCCUCCUCACACCCCGCCCGUUUGAUUGAAGGAACUCUGGGCAGGGUGGG